CCGGUCCCCUCAUACUAAUGUUUAAAAUGUUUAAGAUUCUGACUUCACACAUGCAGUGCCCACACUUUUCUCCGUCGAGACAUGGCGAGUCGGUAAAUAAGCUGAAUAAAUUAAUGAUCGAAGUAUACCAACCCCCCUUUGUCAUAGAUUAUGAAUCAAGAUGAACCCAAGUCAUGGAUUGCGACAUCGGGUUUUAGGCAAGUUAUUGAAACUGUUGAUUUUCAGAAAUUUUCUUAGUAAUACUACCUUGACCUUAAUUUAAAGACAGAUCAACAUAACACAUAUACAACAUACACAACGUACAAGACACGUAAGUACGUAACUGUUAAUUUUCGGUGACAAUGUUUUAUUAAAUUUUUUUUAUAUACUGCACUCAAAUUAUAAUUUAAGUGAACCAUCAACAAUUUGAUUAAUUAAAUAUGUAUAAGAAAUACCAUCCCAGAUUGUACCCGACCCAAAUUUACUCCUUAUUAGCAUAUCCUUUGAACUAAGUAUCAGCCAUUGCGGUAAAAUUUAAUUUCCUUUCAAAAUGCGAAACCAUAAUUGUCCAUUGUCCGAACAUUGCAGAAUAAUUAUCCCUUGCAGUGUUCUUAGUGAAUUUUACAAGGAUAUGUGUGUACAGACAUAUGUACAUAAAAUGUUGACUACCGCAUCGGCCAGAACUUUCACCUGUCUGCGUAGUCGGUGAUCUUUGGCGGCAGCAGUGGCCAUCACUACUUUCCUUCCCUGCGUGUGACGUAACUCUAUAAAAGAGAGUGCGGUGAAGACGCCGCCGCUAUACCGUUUCCGUCCGCCAAGCACGGCUACAGCGUCCCGAGCACGGAUCAGAAGGACGCGGGCGGAACCCUUCCGCCGAACUCAAAGUGACAGUUCGUCAAAAGAUACGAGAUGAGGUCGUUAUUCUUGUUAGCAGCUUUGUGCUGCUUAGUGUUGUCGGCGUAUGCCAGCCCUAUCGCGCGGUCUGAGGAGCAGGAGAAGGAGGUGGCGAGACAGUCGGCAGCCUCGCCUGCAGCCGCGCCCGCCGCCACCGAUGACGACGAUGAUGAUGACGACGACGAUGAUGACGAUGAAGAAUUGGAUCUCGAUGACGCGCUAGCAGCAGACGACGAUGAUGACGACGACGACGAUGAUGAUGAUGAUGAAGAGGAAGCUGACGAUGACGACGAUGAUGAAGACUACCUGGAGAGAUUCUUCGACGACAUCUUAGGAGGUGAAGACGAAGACGACGAUGAUGAUGAGCCAGCAGCCGUUCAGCCCGUGGUCGCCCCCGCAGACACCGUUGCUGCAACUCCCGCGCCAGCUGUUGAAGAAGCUGCCGCCGCAGUAGAAGAAACAGAAGCGGCCGAGUCUGAAGCCGCCGCAGAAGGCGAAGAGGAAGCUGUUGGAGGACAGAAGGAACCCGCUAGUGCCGAGGUAGAGGCUCCCGCUGCAGAGGCUGCCCCAGCUGAAGCAGAUGCUGAGGACGACGAUGACGAUGAUGAUGACAUCACUGACGCCCUCGACCCUGAGGAGGAUGACGAUGACGAAGAUGAAGAGGAGGACGACGAUGAUGACGACGACAUUACUGACGCCCUCGGAAGGAAAAUCUCCGCCAAGCACUCACGUGCCUUGACCAAUGAGCCUCCAAAGAAAGAGCCAGUUCCAGCCAUAUAUAUCGUCAAGUACAAUAGAUUCGUCGACAACAUCUUAGACAAAAUGAAUGAUAUCUUAAAAAAAUCGUACGAUCCUGUCAGCGUUAAACUUCAACCUAUUGAUGCUAACAAGAAAAACAGCAAGCCAAAAGACAAGAAUAAGAAUAAGAAGAAAAACAAUAAGAGGAAAUCAGCACAUAAAAAGAAGAAGAACAAUGCACGCACACACGCAGAAAAAAUCCAGGAAAAAUUAGAACAAGUGUCCACUCAAAAUCCAGACCAAGCUCUAAACAAAGUCGAAGAUCUGAAACCAGAAGAAACUGUAAAGACAGUGACUGAACAAAUGCAGAACGAUCCUUCGGAGUCUAGAGCUAGCAAAGCAAAGCCUACUACCACUAAACCAAAACCUCCAGUCAAACAAACAAAGCCUACGCGUAAACCUAAUCCACCUAAAGCUACAACCAAAAAACCUGUAAUUAAGAAAGAUAAAAAUAAGGUAAAGACUUCCAGUAACAAGAACAAGCCUAGAGCGAAGGGAACUUUGUAUGGACUGUCAUCUUUGAGAAGAGUUGGAGAUGUUGCGGUGAACAUUAUGUCGGAUCACACAACCGUGAAGAGCAACUUUGCUGUAGGACCCCUUAUUUUGAGAGUCGAAAAAGAGGUUGGUCGUGGAGCCAAAAAGGAGAUCAAAUCGGCGACGGCGACUACCGCUGAGAUGACAGGAAAACUGACGCUCAGAGUCAACAACCUGGGUGUCGCCACGUUGCAUUCUAUCAAAGUGCUGCAGCCUAAACAGGUGAAUGUUGAUAGCAACCACGAACGUACCAGGGAGUUGGUGUGGAGACGAAGCGCAAGAAUCGCCCACGUGGUCUCCGAAAAACUUCUGACUGUUUCCAAACCAAUGUUCUACCACCAGAACGUGGAACAAUAAGAGUUCCCGUAGUUCGAGCCAUGACGCAACUAUUAUGAUCGACAAUAAUUUUGUAUAGUACUGAAACGUGCAUUUAUUAGACUUAACAAUUAUUUAGGGUAAGGGAAAUAGAUUGGGGAGUUCUGGUGACAAUUGUAAGGGAAAAUUGGACUCCUGAAGUAUUCUUGUUACUAUUUAAACGACAAAGAUUUAAACUGUAACAAAUAUAUUCAGUUGUAAAUAGUUGACAUAUCAAGGCUUUUAGCUAAAAUUUCAGGUGCUGUCGGAUUUUUAGUAUCGAAACAUUUACGUACUGUAUAAGUUUUAAGAUACUCAUUAUUUAAUUAGUCAGGAAGUGCAUUUACUAUUUGUAAUUAAUGGUGCUAAGUUAUACAGUCUUGCAUUUAUUUAUGUAUAGUUAAAGAUACGAAGAAAAUAAAUUAUUACCUAAUUACUGGCA